CCAUAUAGCCCACAAUCGUGAACAGAGAGCAUCCGAGCAUCUCUUGGAACUUGGAAGAGGGGCAGCAAUGGCGACGAGGUGCGUCGCGUCUCUUCCCCUCCUCUCCGCAUCCAGCGCCGCGGCGGCCAGGGCGCAGCCUAUCCCAUCCGCCGCCGCGCCCCGCCGCUUCCGCACACGCCUUUCGGUCGCCACAGGCGGGGAGCAGCAGCUCAUCACGGCGCAGGAGCCGGCCCAGGAACCUGAUUAUGGAGUUGUUAGCCUUCAUCAUGUUGGGAUUCUGUGUGAAAAUCUUGAAAGGUCAAUGGCGUUCUACAAGGACCUCCUAGGUCUUAAGGUGAAUCCUGCUAGGCCAACCGACAAGCUGCCAUACAGAGGUGCUUGGCUCUGGGUUGGUUCUGAGAUGAUCCACUUGAUGGAGCUGCCAAAUCCUGAUCCUCUGACAGGACGCCCAGAGCAUGGUGGGCGCGAUCGUCAUACCUGUAUAGCAAUCAAAGAUGUGUUGAAGCUGAAAGAAAUAUUUGACAAAGCUGGAAUCAGCUACACACUCAGCAAAUCUGGGCGUCCGGCGAUCUUUGCAAGAGACCCAGAUGGGAACGCAUUGGAGUUCACCCAAGUGUAGCAACUGAAAGAUGCCUUUUUUUUCGGCUAGAACAUCUCAUAGCCUUACACUUGUCAGGUACACUAUACCUAGUUGUCUUAGACCUUGCUGCUGGCCUUGCUUGUAGCUAUCAAGACCACGCAGAGGCAGGGGAAUACAGCUUGUACAUAUGACAUCAAUAAAGUAUUUGAGGUUGACUGGUUUCAUGGGAGCAAUUUGUAUCUCCAUAUACAAGCAUUCUAAAUGUCAUCAAUUUGGUUUCUAUUACUCGAGGGCAUAGAACUUGAAACCAGAAUGAUGCAAUCAUUUACCAAACCAUAUGACUAUGUUUCUGGACAUCAA